GGUUGGUCAUGUGCUGUAGAAUACUCUCGAUCAACAUGGCUGCCUGCAUGAAGAUGUCAGGCGCUGCGAGACAGCUGCAAGGAAAAUCGGUUCUCUUAAAGCCAAACUGGCCCGUGUUUUUUCGGGCCGGACGCUCCCCUCUGACGGACACAUCGGCCUUGAGUCGACUACAGCCCCCACGGUUCUACAGCGGCACCGCAAGCCCACAGAAAACAUGCAUCAGCCGCUUCUCUUACAGUCCAUCCAGCACAUCAAUGACAGCUGGCUGCAAGCUGACCACCAGAAGUCAGCGAUGGAUACGGGUCGGAGGUGUUAUCCGCAGUCAAACAGGUCUCCUCACACCAUCCAGUCCAUCUUACUUCAUUCAGGACAGGUUGUUUGGGAACCGGGCCAGCGGUGCUGGAGAGGACGGCAGUGACAGUGCAGGCUCUGGGAGUGAGGAGUCUGGGGGAGAUGGAGGGGCCCCUUAUAAUAACGGACCUCAGAUGACUGCUCUCACCACUAUGAUGGUCCCGGAAAUAUUCCCCAAUGUGCCGCUGGUCGCUGUGAGCAGAAACCCGGUGUUCCCCCGCUUCAUCAAAAUCAUAGAGGUUAAAAACAAAGAGUUGAUGGAGCUGUUGAGGAGGAAAGUUCGUCUUGCUCAACCAUACGCUGGAGUCUUUCUGAAGAGAGAUGAUAAUAAUGAGUCAGAUGUGGUCGAGUCUCUCGAUGCUGUCUACCCUACAGGGACCUUCGUUCAGAUUCAUGAGAUGCAGGACCUCGGAGACAAGCUUCGGAUGAUCGUAAUGGGACAUCGCAGGAUACGGAUCACAAAACAGCUAGAGGUGGAGCCUGAGGAUGAAGCAAUAGCUCCUGUGUUGUCAGAGUCUGAGGCAGAGUCCCAACCCAAACCACCGCCAAGACGUAAAACCAAACGCAGCCGCAAAGACCAACCAGGAUCUGUGACGGAGCAGCUUGAGGAGAAGAUUUCUGAUGCAGACCUGAGUCCAGAAUUCCAGCCUCUGCCCUCGUCCAACAUCCUGAUGGUGGAAGUGGACAACAUUCAACAUGAACAGUUCACUGUCACAGAGGAGGUCAAGGCUCUUACUGCAGAGAUUGUGAAGACCAUCAGAGAUAUCAUCGCACUCAACCCCCUUUACAGAGAGUCGGUCCUUCAGAUGAUGCAGGCUGGUCAGAGGGUGGUCGAUAAUCCCAUUUACCUUAGUGAUAUGGGAGCAGCUCUGACAGGAGCAGAGUCACAUGAACUACAGGACGUCUUGGAGGAGAUAAAUAUCCCAAAGCGUCUCUACAAGGCUCUGUCUCUGCUGAAGAAGGAGUAUGAGCUGAGCAAACUGCAGCAGAGACUUGGUAGAGAGGUGGAAGAGAAGAUCAAACAGACUCACAGGAAGUACUUGCUGCAGGAGCAACUGAAGAUCAUUAAAAAGGAGCUCGGUCUGGAAAAAGAGGAUAAAGAAGCAAUAGAAGAGAAGUUCAGAGAGAGACUCAAAGACAGGACUGUACCUCAGCACAUAAUGGAUGUCAUCAAUGAAGAACUCAACAAACUGGGACUGCUGGACAACCACUCCUCGGAGUUCAAUGUCACCCGGAACUACCUGGACUGGCUGACGAGCAUGCCCUGGGGUAUGAACAGUGAAGAAAACUUAUUACUGGAUACAGCCAAAGGGGUUUUAGAGGAAGACCAUUACGGAAUGGAUGAUGUUAAGAAAAGGAUUUUGGAAUUCAUAGCAGUGAGUCAGCUGCGUGGUUCCACUCAGGGAAAGAUCCUGUGUUUCUACGGACCCCCGGGUGUAGGAAAGACCUCCAUCGCUCGCUCCAUAGCCAGAGCCCUCAACAGACAGUACUUCAGGUUCAGCGUGGGAGGAAUGACUGAUGUGGCUGAGAUUAAAGGACACAGGAGGACUUAUGUUGGAGCGAUGCCAGGGAAGAUCAUCCAGUGCCUGAAGAAAACAAAGACAGAGAAUCCUCUGGUGCUAAUAGAUGAGGUGGAUAAGAUCGGCCGUGGUUACCAGGGUGAUCCGUCCUCUGCAUUGCUGGAGCUUCUGGAUCCCGAACAGAAUGCCAACUUUCUCGACCACUACCUCGAUGUCCCUGUAGAUCUUUCCAAAGUUUUGUUUAUCUGCACGGCUAAUGUCCUAGACACCAUCCCAGAGCCCCUCCGAGACAGGAUGGAGAUGAUCAAUGUGUCUGGAUACGUGGCCCAAGAGAAACUGGCUAUUGCUGAGCGUUACCUUGUCCCUCAGCUCCGCACUUUGUGUGGCCUGACUGAAGAAAAGGUCUCAAUCUCAUCUGACGCCCUCGGUCUGCUCAUCAAGCAGUACUGCAGAGAAUCUGGAGUCAGGAACCUUCAGAAGCAAGUUGAAAAGGUUUUCCGUAAGGUGGCCUUCAGUAUUGUCAGUGGUGAGCAAAACGCUGUGACUGUUACACCUGACAACCUGCAGGACUAUGUGGGUAAACCUGUUUUCACAGUGGAUCGAAUGUACACUGUCACCCCACCGGGAGUGGUCAUGGGCCUGGCUUGGACUGCUCUUGGAGGGACUACGCUGUUCAUUGAGACAUCGCUACGCCGUCCUUCUGGCGGGUCGGACUCUAAAGGAGAGGGGACACUGGAGGUCACAGGUCAGCUGGGUGAUGUUAUGAAGGAAAGUGCAAAGAUCGCUUCAACCUAUGCUAGAGCUUUCCUAAUAGAUAAAGAACCAGAAAAUCACUUCUUGGUCAACUCCCACCUACAUCUGCAUGUUCCUGAGGGGGCAACUCCCAAGGAUGGACCAAGUGCUGGGUGUACCAUUGUUACAGCACUUUUAUCCUUGGCUACCAGCCAGCCAGUGCGUCAGGAUGUGGCUAUGACUGGUGAAGUUUCACUAACUGGCAAAAUACUGCCAGUGGGUGGGAUCAAAGAGAAGACUAUAGCUGCUCGUCGUGCCGGUGUGACCUGUAUCGUCCUUCCAGCCGAGAAUAGAAAGGACUUCUCUGACCUGCCAGACUACAUCACUGAAGGCCUCGAGGUCCACUUUGUGGAUCACUACAGCCAAAUCUACCCCGUUGUCUUUCCACAGAACUAGUCGUUAUCUAAUUUCAAAAACAACUCUAAAAUCAAGAGAUGACGGAACAGGUGUUUUUAUCUCAUCUCAGAACUCAGAAGUGUAUUUCACUGCAUAGCACCGAUUGUCAUUCUGGUGGCAGUUUGAGAAGUCCAGCUGCUGCUUUUUGGCUGAUUCUUGUAAAUGUGUAGCCUUGACUCUGAGGUCCUGCUGUGGAGACUGGUACAAUUGAAAAGUGUUCUUAAGUUAUCCAAGGGGACACAUGGCUUGGUAACUCCAUUAUGUAUAUAUUUCAUUAUUUAUAUUUUCUGUUUUAGCCACCACAGGAACCCCUGAGGUAGAAGAACAGUCAUGUGACAAAGAAAAAUAUCCAUGGUGUCGAGCCAUUCAGCCAUAGAUGAGAAAACACAGUAAAUGAUGGUGAUGAUGAAUACUGUUCGUUACCUUAUAAUGUCACUGAAAAACAGAAAUUGGCAUUGCAACUUUGCUGCCAGGCAGCCUCUUCCCCCACAGCUCUCAUUAUACAGGGCUGUGGAUGGACUCUUUCAUAGAUUUAUUAUCUUACCAUUUUAUACUAUUAUUGGCCAGAUGUGAUAAUGAUGAUGUUGAAAUAAAUUAAAUAAUAAUAAAAUACAUUUUCUGCUU